UAUACUAUAUUGCCAAAAGCAUUGGGACACCCCUGCAAUUCAUUGGGUUCGGUUUUCCAAUCACCUCCAUUGCCACCUAGGCAUGCAGACUGCUUCUACAAACAUUUGUGAAAGAAUGGGUCGCUGUCAGGAGCUUGGUGAAUUCAAGCGUGAUACUGUGAUAGGUUGCCCCCUGUGUAAUAAGUCUAUCCAUGAAAUUUCCUUGCUACUAAAUAUUCCACGGUCAACUGUUAGAGGUAUUAUAACAAAGUGAAAGUAACUGGGAACAACAGCAACUCAGCUAUGAAGUGGUAGGCCACAUAGAAUGACAGAGGGAGGUCAGCACAUGCUGAAGCACACAGUGCGCUGAACUCUGUAGAGUCAAUAG